GGGUGGGUGGGGGGGUGGGUGUAGAGGCGCCGGCUGCCUGCUCCCCUCACCAGCGAGGCGACACAGCGCAUGCGCAGGAGGGCCGGCCUUAAACGAAUGGACGAUUGACGCGAACAUGGGCCAAUGAGCACGGAGGCGGCCCGGCCCGCCCCGGCCAAUCGGGCCCGCCUAGCAACAGGGUUUGAUUGGAGAGAGGGAAGAAAUGGGUCCGUGCUGAAAAAUAAUAAAACCCGUGCGCACAGACUUGGGGGGGAGAGUCUAGAGAGAGAGAGAGAGAGGGAAAAAAAACAACUUGCCGGGUGCAAAAGUAUUUUUUUGUGACCGUUUCUGCGUAGUUUGGGGCUGGGCGAGAGGAUGAGGGAGCUGCUUCCUGAUUCUCUGGAACUUUCGGCGUAGGCCGGUUGUGUUUUGAAUCGGGGCGGCGGUUGUGUGCGAGCGCUAAACGGCCCUUUGUUAAACGGCCCAGCGGUUGGCGAGGAGGGCGCCCUCCACCUCCACCUCCACCUCCACCUUCACCUUCCUCCUCCUCCUCCUCCCCUCCACCUCCACCUCCCCUCACCUACCUCCACAGCCCCCUCCACCUCCUCUCAUCAUGGUGAAGAUGGACUGCGAGCCCAACCGGGCGCGCCUCAUGUGCAUGCUGUGGCUGACGUUCGGCUUCUUCGUGGUGGAGGUGGUGGUGAGCCGGCUGACCAGCUCGCUGGCCAUGCUCUCCGACUCCUUCCACAUGCUGUCGGACGUGAUCGCGCUGGUGGUGGCCCUGAUCGCCGUGCGCUUCUCCGCCAAGACCCAGUCGACGGCCAAGAACACGUUCGGCUGGAUCCGGGCCGAGGUGAUGGGCGCGCUGGUCAACGCCGUCUUCCUCACGGCGCUCUGCUUCACCAUCGUGCUGGAGGCCAUCGAGCGCUUCAGCGAGCCGCAGGAGAUCCAGAACGCGGUGGUGGUGAUCGGGGUGGGGGCGGCCGGGCUGCUGGUCAACCUGCUGGGGCUCUGCAUGUUCCACGCCAGCGGAACCGGGGGCGGCGGAGGCGACGGCGGGCCUGGGGCGGCCCACGGACACUCGCACACCCACGUCGGCGGCUCCGACAGCCGCCACUGGCUCCGCAGGAAGAAGCGAAGCGACGCCGAGAAGCUGGCGGGCAACGGCAGCAGCGUCCGCGACCAGGAGGAGAUCAACAUCCUGGUGAACAGUGGCAGCCCCAUCAACUGUGUGAACGCCGACAAGCAGGACGUGUUCAGCACCCGCAGAAGCGGCGACUCCCGCCUUGUGAACGAUCUACUGAGGGAAAAUAAUAUGCAGAGCUUGCAGUUGAAUGGGAUUUCUAUACUUGAUGACCAUCUUGAUGAAUUUGGAGAUGUCGAAGAUCCUGCAUCACAGCUGAACAUGCGUGGUGUCUUUCUCCAUGUGUUAGGAGAUGCUCUGGGCUCAGUCAUCGUCGUGGUAAAUGCACUGAUAUUUUACUUUGUUUGGAACCCGUGUCCUGAAAGUGGUCCGUGCAUUAAUCUAUGCCGACAUGAUCAUUGUCCAGAUCGACAUCUAAAUGGCACACAGUCAAACAUGUCUGAAUAUCGUGAAAGCAUUCCAGAAGCUGGACCCUGCUGGGUGCUUUUCUUGGAUCCCACCUUGUGCUGUAUUAUGGUUUGUAUUUUGCUUUAUACAACCUAUCCUCUUCUGAAAGAAUCGGCUCUUAUUCUGUUGCAAACAGUCCCAAAGCAAAUAGAUGUGCAGUUAAUAAAUGAGAAGCUGCGCAACUUGGAAGGUGUCCUUGCUGUACAUGAGCUGCAUGUCUGGCAGUUGGCUGGUAGUAGAAUCAUUGCGACAGCCCACAUUAAAUGUCGUGACCCAACAGCUUAUAUGGAUGUAGCCAAACGCAUCAAAGACUUUUUCCAUGAUGAAGGCAUCCAUGCCACAACCAUCCAACCUGAAUUUGCUUCUGUGAAUUCCGAAUCUCGUAUUUCUGUUUGUGAACUGCCAUGCAAGACUCAGUGUGCCUUAAAACAAUGCUGUGGCAAUGGAGAAAAGUCAUCCAGCGAUUCAAAGUUGGAAACUCCAUCUACCCAUUCUCUUGAGGUUAUCGGGGAAUCAUCCUCUGAAUGCCCCAAUGCAAGGACUGAAAGAAAUGAGAUGGGGAACAAUGCAGUAAAAAUCAAAGACACACAAUAUGAAUCAGCUGUGUAAAUUUAGCCAAACUAAUUUUGAAACGUGAUGUACUUUACUGACUUCAAAUUUUGGGGUUGUCAACUGGAAUUGGCACUAAGCUAAAAUAACCAUGGUGGAUAAUGCAACCAUAAUGAACUUGUUCCACAGCUCUGUGAUUUGUAUAUGGCACAUUCCAAAGCAAAACUGUGGACAGUUGUCUAGAAACUACUUGAAUUUGUUAUCGCAGCUUUUUGAGAAGCAGUGUGGAUAGUGCAUCACUGACUGUCAGCAAAAAAAAAAUGUAUUUAAUAAGGCCUGUAGCAUUUUGGGAAAUUAGGUUUUUAUAUAAGCAGUUUUAUAUAGAUUGAUGUAAAAGUUUUGCAUCAAUUUACAAAGUCUGUCCUUGCCAAAAGAGCUGCUGCUAUAUAAAACUGGGUUUGGGGUGGGAGGGGAAGAAGGGAAGGUCAUGUUGUCGAAACUCUCCAAGUGAAACCAGAGUAUUAAACAUAAUGAUUGAUAUUAAUGCAUGGGUAAUUUGUUUUGUGUGCUGCAAAAUAUAUAGUGAUAUUUUCUCCUUGCUAGCUCCAAGAGUGCAUUUAUUGUAUUUAAAUUAUUAGACCAUGGAAAUAUUCCUGAUACAGAAUGGACUGUAAAUUCUUGCUUCAAUCCUGUUGAUUAUAGUUGAUAACUGUAAGUAAUGUUUUAAUGCUCUGAUGUAGUUGAAUCCCAUGGUACAAGUGCUUGUCUGGGAUAUUGUGCAAUUGCUUUCUUCUGGACCAGCAACAUGCAAAUAUACAUAAAUAUGUACAAAUGAGUGUGGGUUUGCUUCAAAAAUUGUCAACCAAACAUGUGGGAUAGACUUGGAGUAAGAUGAAUGUGUGCAUUGUAAACAAUUGAUGGAUUGAAACAAUGUUCUGCUCGGUGCCCCGUUUCAUUUUUGGAAUUGUUUACUAUCCGUGAUUCUGAUAGAUGGUACUUUGGACAAAAUUUGUUCUUUUGUUACAAGCACAACACGAUGUUUAGAAUGAAUAGUCAUGUUUUCAAAGAACCAAGUCAAGCAGCUGACAUUCGGUUUCAGUUAUACAGAUAGAAUUUUUAUUAACUUAUAUCCACUGCAUCAUAAAUGAAAGCAAUGUUUUGAUGGAGUUAAUUUCUUCAUGAUAAUUCUACAGAUGAGAGUGUGACAAACAUUACUUGCCCUAAGACUUUUUAAGAAUCCAGAGGAAAAAUAACCUUUGCAAGUACAGUGAAAGUUCCUAUAAUUGUCUUUUGGUGUUUUCAUAAGUUAUAGAAGCAGAAUUAGACCAUUUGGCCCAUCAAGUCAUUCAACAAUAAGCUAACAUUAAAAUGAAAAAAAGGUAGAUUUAAACCAAGACACCUGCGAGUUAGCCCAAAUAUGAAAUGCAGUACAAAAACACACACAAUUUGGUUAACUUGGUUGCUCUGAAUUUUGAGAGUUACCUGUUAAAUGUUAAUUUAUAAAUUUCAACCAAUCCAACUAUUUUAAAUUGGAUCAAGUUUUGUUGCAUUUUUCUUGUUCUCAGUCUUUUAAAAAAAAAAAAGAAAAAAAAAAAGAACAUUGUGGAAGUGAUACUUAAUGCUGGGUAACUUGAGCUUUAGUCUACCAUGAAAAUGUUUCACUUAAUAUCCUGAAGGCUAGCUACCAUCAAGCUGCAAGGCUUGAUGCACAAAUUUCAUACUAUUACAGCUGAGAGGUAAAAUACCUUGUCCUUUGUUUGAAAUAUAAUUAUACAAGCAUUGAAAUAUGGUACUGGUAAUUUACAAGUCCAUUACUGAUCUGUGAUUUGAGACAACAAAUGAAGUGUAUUCCUUGAACACACAUUUAGGUUGAAUUUUCUGCUAAUAUCUUGAAGAAAUUGGAUGGCAUUCCUAUUCAGUGCGUUUUAGUCUAGGGGCUUCGGGGGGAAGGGAAAAUGGGAGAUCAGGCUUGAGUUUUGAUUUGGAUCAUUUUGAGUGCAAAUCUUUUGGAUCAUUAUAGGUUCUAAAUGAUUUUGAGUGAAGGUGGUAAUCAAUUUUUUAAAUAAUAAUCUAAGUCCUAAUUUGGUGGUACAUAGUUAACACAUUUCAUAACUGAUGUGGCAUGUAGAACUUUAAAAAAAACAACUGUAUUUGAAUCUUCAAAUGGUUUACAGAAAAAUUACUGAGAUUUCUUUUGCAUUAAAUGUAUUACAAUACUUUGCCCAUCAAUUUGUUUUGCUUUGUUCAUAUUCUGUACUUCAAAUUCACAUCUGCAUGUUGCACAAUCAGCUUUGUGAAUGCUGAAAUUGAAAUUAACAUGCAUCUUUGGAAACUAUUUAUGGUGCCUAUUCAACCACUUUUUUGCUAUGACUAUAUUUAUUCAAUCCAUUCUGUUGAAUCUACUGAAUAGCUUCCCAGUUAUAAUGAUACUUCAUUUGUAGUUGUUAAAAGAACGAUCUGAUUGGGGAACCAUAAGUUUUAAUCUUGACGAGUAAUGUGAUUUUUCUACUUGCUGAUGUAGGAGCCUUCUGGGUCCAAACAAACAUUUUCAAAAGUUUGUAUUUUUGAAGGGGUUUAUGUGAAGUCAAAGGGUUAAUUUCACAUAUCAAGUAUUACAUUUGAAGAAAAUUAGAAUGUAUACAUUUUUUUGUGGACGUUGAAAUGACCAAGGGGAAUAACACUAAAUUAAGCAAUUUGUUAUAUUGUCUGAUCUCGGCUACUUUACAUCACAUGAGGCUUUAUCUGAAAGUAAUACUUUCUCAUGUUAGGCUUUCUCAUGUUAACAAAAAACAUUUAAAUUCUGAUCAUUUUUUGGAAGAGUGAAGUGCCACUUCAAUCCUGAUUGGUUUGUCUCUAUGUAUAUGAUUGAUGAUGGGUGAUUAUAGUUAUUAGAAUUGCACUGUUCAUUAUAGAACUGGAUUGCAGAAAAACAUGGAGUAUUUCUUGGGGGCAUCAUUUUAAUGAAGUUGUUGUUGGGAGAAUGUCUAGAAGCGAGUACUUUAAAAGAAAUGGGCACAUUUGAGGACCAUAAUUGGGGCAGGUGGUGAUUAAACAAUGAUUUUCUUUCAAUCCAGUUGUGCUCUCUUGUGAUGAUCCAGUUGUAAUGUGAUGAGACUCUUGUGUUAAUCAAAGAUUAACACUUUGAAUCCACAAUAUAAUUUACUUAAUUCCCAAUACCUGUGAAGGCAAUGUAUUUCAUGGCAAAUUUCAUUCUUAAUAUAGGCACUUGUGUGUUCCUGUGGUCAUAUUACAAAUUAUCAAUUUAGACAAACCUUGCUGAGAAUUGCUACCAACAUAUAGAUUUGCAAACAUUUUCAGCAAUUCUCGUUAAAGAUUCACUUUGGAGUGAAAUUUGGUUGUAAUUAAUUUGAAGCGGAGAUACAUUGUAUCAGAUGGCUAAUAUUCUUAGAGGCAUUGGCAUGGUGGGGCAGUAGUUAAUCUUGCUGUUCACAGCUUUGAGCCUGGUUUAAUCUUGAUAUGUUUUUGCAGUAUUCUCUCUGUGAUCGAGUUGGUAUACUCUGGCUUUCUCUGCUAGGUUAAUUGGCUACUGUAAAUUUAGUUCCUUCGUAUAGGUUAAUGACAAAAUAAAUCAUAGCCAAGUACAUGCGAGAGUAUGUUGCAUGAAGAAAGAAAUAAGAGGAAAUGAAUGAAUGGGAUUGCUCCUCUGGCAACCAAUUAGAACUGAAGGGCCAAAUGACACAGGAGGCUGUACUGAAAUAGUGUAAAAUAGAGGGUGUUCCUUUACUGUUCUACAAUUGACUGAAUAAUACAACAAAUAUUUUCCUGAAGGGUUGUAAUUUAGGAGUGUGCUAGUUUGUUCCGCAAUAAAAUAAUAUUUAUAAA